GCAAUGUUACGGACGAAUUACGUAACGCAUAUAGGCUAAUUCCGCGCGCGUAUUGUUCCAACAAAGCCGGAAGAUCCCCGGUGCGAAUUCAAGCGAGUUAUGCGUCUGCGAAGCCCGUUAACGGAAAGGAAACCUUUCGGCAAACCUUCGCGCGUCACGUAUUAAGUUACGCAUCUCCAUACGUUACGAAAUAAAAAGGGACAAUACGUUGUAUAAGAUUUAAUUAGCUGAACGUCGACUAUUGACUGCCUGCUGGAAAUUAGUCGAGUCUUUGCUUUAGAAUCUAACGCAACGCUUUUUUUAAGUUUACCGUGAUGAAACGGUCUAGAUUAUCGUUGGUCCGUUGAUUUUCGUAUUUGAUCGACGGAAGGACUCGGUUAAUUACACCCUGUCACGUUUACGACGCGUCGAAGAUUGUAAUUAGCGGUGGAUGCACGACGAUCGAUGUGCCAGUUCAGCCGCUUUCAUAAUUACUGCCUAGCUAUGCAGAGAGGAGUUGGAUAAUCAACAGGGAGCCCGUUGCUUGGGUUGAUCGUCGAUUCGACACGUGACAGCAGGCCAUCGGAUUUCCCACGAUUAUCACUGAUAAAUCGAUUUUUCCUCACCUACUGCGGAAAUACUCGUGUUCAUCGCGUUGCUUUGCUAAUAAUCGUUUCUGGAAAUGUACCAAUGCUCGUGAAAACGGAUGCAGCGUAGAGAGCGACAGAAAGCAUCUUGCUGUGCCCAAGAGGACAGGAAGUUCCGAUUUGCGUCGAUUCCUCCGCGGUAAACCGAGUCGACUCGAACCGAACGGAGUCGAGCUGCGAAACUCGCCAGUUGUCCACGCCAGUUCACUUUUGUUCGCCAUUGUGAUCAUCAACACACUACGAGUAUUUUCCUCGAGAUUUCUUUUUGUCGUUCGCCAGUGAGAUAUUGUCGUUCGGACCAUGUACGCGGAUAGAGGAGUUAAUGAAAGGACGUCGCUUACGAGACCUCUGGAUUCCCCGGACUACGUGGAAUUCGCGAGCCUGCUGAGGACCCGGAAGACUCGAAUCAGACAGUUUCAGUGCUGCAUCUGUGCCGCUGUAAUAGCGAUCUUCACUAUGGCCCUUAUAGUGACAGUAAGCUACUCCGUGAGCCACGAUAUGAUAGACGUCGGUCCAAACUUCACCACCUCUUCCUCCGAGUCUACCAUGAAUCUCACAAGCACUUUAAAAUUGGGCAUUGCUCCUGGAUCUGGGUCCUACACCCUCUUCAGCAAUCCUUCCAUCGUCCCACCUUCUAAUUCUAUCUUUGUGUCUGACAAAAACACAAAAGAUACUGCUACGCCAAAAUUAACAGACGAUGAGAUAAAGAUAGGGCUGGAAGCAGGUCGCCAAGCAGUAAAUGAGCGACUUUUUGCAGACGUUACUGCGUUGAUGUCUCCAUUACCCUCACCAUCGCCUGAAAUGAGGCAUCGUUACGCAGUAAGCACUUGCACGAGUGUUGGAACACUAGCUUUAGCGGCUGUAGCAGAACUUGCAGCGACUAAAAGAAUCGAAAGUUCAAGGACAAUCUUUGGAGCAUCCUCUGCUAUUGGAAGCUUCUUCGACGCAGGCUGGCAGUUUCUGGGUAUUUGCAAGCAAUUCACCACCCCAGAAUGUCCAUCUAGUAAAUAUAGAACCUUCGAUGGAAGUUGCAAUAGACCAAUGCAAUGGGGAGCCACCAUGACACCAUUCAGAAGAGUUCUAGCGCCUAACUAUGCCGAUGGUGUCGAAGCUCCUCGCAGAGCAGUUACAGGAGCCGAGUUACCCUCAGCAAGGGAAGUUAGUUUGAAGGUUCACAAGCCUUCACCAAGUAGCAAUCCUCAUUUCACAGUGAUGUUAGCUGUUUAUGGACAAUUUUUGGAUCAUGAUAUCACCGCUACUGCGAUUAGUCAGGGUAUCAAUGGUACUUCUAUUUCUUGUUGUCCACCAUCUGUUGGUCAUCCUGAGUGUUUUCCUGUUCCUGUAUCUUCUGGAGAUCCUGUUUUCGAUGUAGCUGGGAGAACGUGUAUGGAUUUCGUCAGAUCUGCACCCGCACCCCAGUGCAAACUGGGUCCCAGGCAACAGUUGAAUCAGGCAACUGCGUUUAUUGAUGGCUCAGCAAUCUAUGGAUCUGAUCAGGAUACAGCUCGUAAGUUGCGAGAAUUUUCUGGCGGUCGACUGAGGAUGCAAUUGACUCCGGACAAUCGAACUCUCUUACCACCUAGUAUGAAUCCUAACGACGGCUGUAAUCGUGAAACUGAGAAGUUGAGGGGCAGGUACUGCUUCGCAGCAGGCGACGCCAGGGCAAACGAGAACCUGCACUUGACGACGAUGCAUCUGCUCUGGGCGCGACAGCACAAUAGAAUCACCGAGCAGUUGACUAAGGUCAACCCUUCUUGGAAUGACGAAACGCUAUACGAAGAGUCUCGACGUAUAGUGGGUGCUCAACUGCAACAUAUUACCUAUCAGGAAUUCAUACCUAUCAUCUUAGGAGAGCAAGAAACGAAUCUACGUGAUUUGAAGCCUCUCAGGUCCGGCUAUAGACAGUGGACCGUAGAUGACUCUAAUACUGACCCAAGUAUAGCUAAUAGUUUUGCAGCAGCUGCCUUUAGGUUUGCUCAUACUUUGUUACCUGGCUUAAUGAAAAUGACUGACGAGCAAGAAGGAACCUCCUCUUAUGUAGAACUGCACAGAAUGUUGUUCAAUCCAUAUAGUUUGUACGCAGAGGGUGGAGUGAAGAGUUCAGUCACCUCAGCUACGAGAAAUAUGAUUCAGAUGUCAUCCACCCAUGUCACUUCUCAAUUGACCAAUCACUUGUUCGAAGAUCCUAUUGCUAAUGUUACUGUUCCCUGUGGCUUGGAUUUGGUAUCGUUGAAUAUUCAGCGAGGGAGAGAUCAUGGACUUCCUGGUUACAUUAAAUGGAGGGAAUAUUGUGGAUUGGGGAAAAUAAAAAGUUUCUCUGAUUUGGAAGGACACCUGGAUCCGCAGGCCCUUCAAGAGAUUUCCUCAUUGUAUGGGUCGAUUUAUGAUAUUGAUUUAUAUACUGGAGCUUUGGCUGAAUUACCUAGGGCUGGUGGUAUCGUUGGUCCCACUUUUACGUGUCUGAUCGCUGAUCAAUUUGUUAGGUUGCAGAAAGGGGAUAGGUUUUGGUAUGAAAUGCCUGGACAACCGCAUUCAUUCACAGAAGACCAGCUUACAGAAUUACGUAAAACCUCAUUGGCGAGGUUGAUCUGUGACUGUUCCGACGGUGUAAUACAAACUCAGGUGGAAGUGAUGCGAGCAAUAAGUGCAGAGAACCCCAUGAUGUCCUGUGAAGACAUCCCAGGGCCAUCCUUUGAACCAUGGAGGGAAUACAACUCAACAUCCCCAAAAUUACAAGUUCCUUUCAUGCCAGUCAAUUGGACGCUAUUAAAGAACAAUAUUAAUGCCACAAUCAGAGAUAUCGUGACCUAUAUCAACAGUUCUAGGACUAUGAUGGACACUGACUGGUUAGCCUUCAAGAAUUACAUAAACGAUACAUUCUUUGAUCUUCAAAACCAACUAUCUGGUUUGCAUCCCCUGGAGGUAGAUGAUCCUACGUCCAUGGAAAAAUUAUCAAUGGAUUCUGAUAGUUUUAUUUUAAGAGCACCACGAUCACCAAAUAUGUAUCAAGAUUGGAUCACAUUUAAAAAUAACCUGGUAAUGUCAUUGAAUGAUUCUAUACAGACGAUGGGCGGUGGACCAGCUGCAGUGACCAAAUGGAUAGCCUUUAAACAGAAUGUUAUCGAUCAAUUCGCUGAUUUAAGGAACCGGAUCUCGUCUUUGAAGGCAGAUAUUACUCCGGAAUUAGAGACGAAGAAGAAAGAGCAAGAACAAGCUUUGAUGAAUAAGAAUAAAUUAAUAGGGACUUCGAGUAUCAAGAAGAUUUCAGCAAUUUUUGAUUGGAAAAACUUUAAGGAUAAUAUUAUAUCCUCUUUAGAUGAUAGUAUUAUGAAUAUAGGCGACAAUAUGCCCGCCCCUAGUGAUCCAGCUUGGGCUACUUUAGGAGAUGAUAUUAAAGACCGACUUUUUGCUUUUAGGGACAAGAUCGAUAGUCGGAGAUCUACUACAGUUCCUACUGAAUUAGCCAUGGGGAAAUCAGAUACUAAUGACGAUUGGAUAAAUAAUAAACCUGAUAUAAUUAAGACUGUAAACGAUGCUGUGAAUAAGAUUAAGAACGAAAUGCCACCACCAGCUGAUCCAGCAUGGGCUAUGUACAGGGAUGAGAUUAUGAAAAGUUUCUCUGCUUUCGAGAGCACUCCAGCACGUAUAGAACUCGCAACAUUAUCCACCAUAAAUAAAAUUUCUCAACGUGAAUAUCUAGGAACUUCUUCAGCAGACAAAUUUAGUAAUAUGGAAUUAUCUAAUUUGACUGACGAUUGGUUACAAUUUAGAGCUCAAGUCAACGAUUCCUUAAGUAAAGUGAUCCAGGACAUUCAGAGCAAGGAACCAACAGAGAUUGAUCCUAUUGCUUGGGCUGUUUUCAAAGAUUCAACUAAGUCUGAUUUCGCAAAGUUAAAAGAUGAAAUUGGAAGUAUGAAGGCUGAAUGGAUUGCAGAAAUAAGCAAAUUACAACCAAAUAAAAAUUUUUCGAAUCUCCAAGCUAAGUUUAACAAAUCUGAAGACUCGUCUAGGUCUGAUUAUAUUAAAUUUAUUAAACCAGUCAUUCCUCCUGAUGAAUGGGUCGACUUUAAGAAACAAAUUAACAAUACUGUGAUGAAUAUUCUUAAUACUGCGAAUACAACAGAUAGAUGUAACUUUGAUGACCUCCACGAAAUGUUCAACGAAUCUUUCACCGAUCUGAAGAACGAAAUAUCAGCUCUGAGGAGUUUGGUCAAGGAUACUUAUAAUAACAAAACCGCAGCUGAUUGGAUUAGCUUCCAAACGAAGUUGAAUUUUACAGUGAAGGAUCUAGUGGAUAGUUUAAAGAAAGAAGCUCAGCUACAAACAGGGAAUGUGACGAGGAUUUUGUUCGAAGCUAAAGACAAGUUGUCUGAUCUUGAACCACCAGUGAAUUCAGGCUUGACUCCGUCCACAAAAUGGAUUCAAUACGCUUUACGAAUAAAUAAAACAAUUUCAGAUGCUUUAGAAGGCAUCGACAGCCAGAAACACGCAGCACUGAUGAUUAGUGCCGCUAAACCAGAAUCAUCAUCAUCAGAUAAUCCUAAAAAUCUUACGAAUUGGUUGAUUGUUCCUUGUCUUGUGAGUUCGCUCCAUGUGUUCACUGUGGUAUCAAGGCUUCAAAUUCGCAUGUAAAGAAAUUACUACUAUUUUUUAUUAUGCUUGUUGUAUAUAUUCUAUUAUUUAUAGAAAUUAACUUUUAUUACACACUAACAAAGAGAUAAGUAUAGGAGGAAGGAAUCAAAAGGAAAGUGAGAGUGUCAUUGGAACUGACGUACCUUUUCAAUGAUCGCGCUUGAAACAUUAAUCCCAAUUAAUUAACAACAACAACAAGGAUAAUAAUAAUUAAUAUGAAUCUA